AUUUAUACCGACGGCUCGUCUACACGUGGGUCUCUCCUUAUAAUAUGUGCAAUUGAAUUUCAUUGCCAUUUUCCUUUGCAAAUACAGUUACCUAUAUUCUAGUGUUAGAAUUAACGCGGAUAUCAUAUAUUAGUUUGAUUAUAUGAUUUCUGUUCAUUUGUAGUGUUUAAUAUCGAUUGACAAUGAUAAUAUUAGUAACUACUCUCUACAAGUGAAGUGAAAUUAAAGUAAUAAGAAUAAUGUCAACACGUAAAUGAUUAUUUAUGAUAAGCUGGCGAGCGGUGGCGGUGGCGGGCGCGGCCUGUUCUGCUACCACUGCCCGCCCAGCUUGCCGCCGCACCAGCAUCGUCUGCCCACCCUAGAAUACCCAUUCACUGCCUCACAUCCCUACACAAGUUACUCGUAUCACCCAGCGAUCCACGAUGAUACGUUCGUGCGACGGAAACAGAGACGCAACCGUACCACCUUCACACUGCAACAGUUGGAGGAGCUGGAGACUGCGUUUGCGCAGACACACUACCCAGAUGUGUUCACGAGAGAGGAUCUCGCUCUCAAGAUCAACCUCACGGAGGCUAGAGUUCAGGUGUGGUUUCAAAAUCGGCGAGCGAAGUGGAGGAAAGCAGAGCGGCUGAAAGAGGAGCAGAGGAAACGAGAGGGCGAUGUGCUGACUAAGAGGGACCCGGCUGAUGAUAAGGGUUCGUCAGAAUGCGGUAUGUCUCGCGGCUCAGCGGAGGCGUCGCCAGUGUCUGGCGCGGCUGGGUCACCCCGCGCUUCGCCCCCUGUGACUCCUGGCUCUCCCAGGCGCUCCCCUUUGAGAUCACCCAACCGCUCGCCUAACAGGUCGCCUAGGCAUGAGAGGUCGGAAACCAGCUGUCCAUCACCAGCUCCAUCAGUAGGCAGCGCCAGCUCCAGAGACGGUGCCAUGGACCAGCGCCCGCCACACCAUAUCUUCUCACCUUUCGACCACAGACAUUCGCCCAACGAUGGGCAGACUCCUCUCCAAUGCUUCGCGUCUCUAUUCGAUAUCCGUACGGGUGCGUUCCGCACGUCUCCUGGCGGCGCUGGCGAGCCCCCACCAGCGCCCCCGCCGCCACUGUUCCUGCCACCACAUCUAUCUCAUCUUUCGCAGCACCUCAACCACUUGUCGCAGCCUUUCUUCCCACUUAAGGGUUGGGGAGCACCCUGCCCUUGCUGCCCCAAGGAAGAGGCUCGUUCUUCAAGCGUGGCGGAACUCCGGCGCAAGGCUCACGAGCACUCCGCGGCAUUACUACACCAGCUCGCCAGCUUCCAGUCGAGGGCACUACUGCCACUGCCACUACCACUCCCCCUGCCUCCGUUGCCAUUAUUGCCACACGAUGCCCCACCCACUUCUCAGGCCCAUGAACCACCUAAACACCUCGAGUAAGAAGAUGAAG